AUGGAGGCCCGCGAGGGCGGAGGUCAAGGGCAUUUCAUAGGAAGUGAGAAAGAAACCGGCGAAGGUAGUAUAAUGACCAACAAAAAGAAAAAGACAGACAGCCCCUUGCUCGACGUAUACGAGCAAAGUCACGCAGCAAGCAUUGCUUUGGCAGAGGCUACGCCUACUGUUAGGUGCGUGCAAAAACAAGUGCAGCACCAUGCAUGCAUGCUACGGGCUGCGGCUGUUCUGUUGACUGUUGGGUCUCAGAAUGUCAAAUACACAACGGCGUGUGUCGGAGUGGGAAUGCAAUGCAACGACGCCAAGCACAAGCAUUCACAAGACCACCAGACGUACGGACCUGGAAGCUCCCGCUCGCCCGCCUUCGUACGCCACCGGAUGAAGGGCGCUUGGAAGCAGAGCGGCGUGGCGGCCGAGGCCGACCACAUCGGCCACCUCGGCGGAGAAGGGUUCGUCGGGCGCGCGCGACCCGUCAGGCUCUGCCUCUACGGCCUCGCGCUCACCUUGGCCGGGUUCACGGUCUUCUUCGCCUUCGCGCCCACCCUCCCCGUGCCCCCGGCCUCGUCGCCGGCCACGGCGUGGUUCGACGGCCUGAUCGUCUCCGCAUCUCCGUACCGCACGCAGGUCUCGGGCUUCCUCUCGUCCCUGUUCCCCGCCAACUCCACCUCCACGGUGCCUCCUGGUGGCGUCGCGGCGAGGCGUGCCGGGCCGAGCGGCGGCUGGGGGUUCGCUGCGAGCGGUUCUCGAGGCAAUGGCUCCAGCGCGGACGCGGUUCGGCCCGGCGAGCAGUUGGGAAGCGGAGGUGGAGUUCCGCCCAGCAGCGUGGGCGAAGGCGAAGCUCCCAGUCCCAGCGGCAAGGAAGCGCCAGUUCCUGGGUAUGCUGCUACUGCGGCGGUGCCGAGCGGCGCGCCGCCCGAUGAUCAUGUGCAAGGCGGCGCCGAAGCCAAACAUUCCGCCGGGAGUGCCGCUGCCGAGGCGAAGGGUGGCGAGCCUGGACCUGGACUCGCGAGCGGUGGUUCAGCCCAGAAUGGCACAUCGGCGAAAGGAGGCGUGCCAGUUCGGAUCAACGGCUCCGACGACACGAACGCGAGUUCCGUGGAUGCCGGAGAUGGCAACGGGAUUGAGAACAUGGCCAGCUGCGACACGUUCUACGGGAAUUGGGUCCGAGAUGACUCGUACCCUCUGUAUCCUGCGGGAUCAUGUCCUCACGUCGAUGAGUCCUUCAACUGCCACCUCAACGGCCGGCCUGACAAAGCUUACGAGAGGCUCCGGUGGCAACCUAGCGGAUGCAGAAUUCCAAGAUUGAACCCAACUGAUAUGUUGGAGAGGCUGAGGCGAAAGAGGCUGGUGUUUGUCGGUGAUUCGCUCAACAGGAACAUGUGGGAAUCCCUGAUUUGUAUCUUGAGGAAUUCUGUCAAAGACAAGAGUAAGGUUUUUGAGGUAUCCGGCAGGAGCCAAUUCAGGGCUGAGGGCUCCUACUCUUUCUUGUUCCAGGACUACAAUUGCAGUGUGGAGUUCUUCCACUCCCCUUUCCUUGUUCAGGAAUGGGAGAUGCCAAUCACCAAUGGAAAGGGUACCCAGGAAACUCUCAGGCUUGACAUUAUGGAUUCAGCGUUUCCGAGGUACAAGAACGCAGAUAUCAUUAUCUUCAAUACUGGUCACUGGUGGACGCAUGAGAAAACUUCUUUAGGGAAAGAUUACUAUCAAGAGGGCGACCGCGUGUACAGUGAGCUGGAUGUCCAUGAUGCCUUUCGGAGAGCUCUCAACACCUGGGCAAAGUGGGUUGAUUCCAAUGUAAACCCCAAGAAAACCACUGUGUUUUUCAGAGGCUACUCAGCAUCCCAUUUCAGUGGGGGUCAAUGGAAUUCAGGCGGCAGUUGUGACAAGGAAACAGAGCCAAUAGUGAAUGACCAGUACCUCACGCCAUACCCAACAAAGAUGAGCAUUUUGGAGGAGGUGCUCCAUGGGAUGAAAACACCCGUUGUGUACCUGAACAUAACAAGGAUGACUGACUACAGGAAGGAGGCCCACCCUUCAGUCUACCGCAAGCAGAAGUUGACUGAAGAGGAGAGAAAAUCACCUGAGCUGUACCAGGACUGCAGCCACUGGUGCCUUCCUGGAGUACCGGACUCCUGGAACGAGCUUCUCUACGCACAGAUUUUGCUGGAACAGCAACAUACGAUGCAACAAUAA